ACGAUCAACUGCUCGUAUAGAAUAAUCGUGAUUGGGCUGUAUUCCGAAGUGACAAACAUAUAUAUAUUACGUAUAUUACGUAUUCUCGAAUAUCUUGAUUCGCUAGUAUAAAUGGAGCAUAUACUCAGAUCAGGGAUACGUUAAAACCUAGGAUUCUUUUAACAAUACUUUUAUGGUGCCAUUUGUCACGUUUCGACUUGGUCUUUCACGCUUCCUUCUCUUAUCACUCGUCCUUUCGCUCUUUGACCGUUUCAAAGUAGUUUCUUAGUUCGCUCAUUUUGCUUUUUGUCGUAGAUAUUUGCCAUAAGAAACUUUGCGCAGUCGCAGUUAUAACUACCUGUUAUACCAAUCUGCAACUUCAACUUGUCUACGCAGUCUAAUUCCGUUAGCUUGACAAGACCACUUACAUCGAUCUCUAACGACCCGACGAACUACUGUAAUGAGAACUUAAGAUGGAUCCGGCAGAGAACCAACCCUAUUCUAGAGGGUACGAGCUGCGGGAUAUUCCCGGAGACUCAACUGAUAAUCUUAACUAUCCCGAGCAUGAUCCGUAUGGUGAUCGACCCUACUCGCUGCGCGGUUACGAUUUGGGGGGACCCAACCGCCCUCUUUCCCCUACAUCCGUAUAUAGUGGCGACACUGCCGCCCGAGGAGUCUAUCACUUGCCUCACGCGGCGACCGUAACCCAUGCCGCGGACGAUUUCGAGCAGCAUAACUUAGGCAACGGCUUCGGCUACGGUAGACCUCCGUCGACUUAUAACGAGCUGGAAACAUGGGCGGAACGACAGCAGGCUCCUAUCGAGAGCUUAAGCGGAGGGGGGAUUCGACGUCGCAAUACUCGCAAGAUCAAGUUGGCGCAAGGCCUUCAGGGUUCCGUCUUGAGCACCGAAUAUCCGGUCCCGACCCCCAUCCGCAACGCCACGGAACCCCAGUAUCGAGAUCUGGAGGAAUUCAGAACGAUGCGGUACACGGCGGCCACGUGCGACCCGGACGAUUUCACCCUCAUGAACGGAUACGACCUCCGCGCGCGCAUGUACAACCGGCAUACCGAGCUAGUCAUAGCCAUUACCUAUUACAACGAAGAUAAGAUCCUCUUCGCCAGAACGAUGCAUAGCGUGAUGCAAAACGUACGCGAUAUAGUAAAGCUCAAGAAGUCGACAUUUUGGACAAAGAGCGGACCGGCAUGGCAGAAGAUAGUAGUCUGCCUAAUAUUUGACGGUAUAGAGAAAGCUGAUAAGAGCGUGCUCGACGUUCUAGGAACGAUGGGAGUUUACCAGGACGGCGUUCUCAAGAAGGACAUAGACGGUAAAGAAACGGUCUCUCACAUAUUCGAGUUUACGAGCCAAAUCUCCAUCACUCCCGACCAGCAGCUCAUCCUACCGAAAGAAAACGACCCUACCAACUUACCUCCCGUGCAGCUACUAUUCUGCCUAAAACAAAAGAAUAGCAAGAAGAUAAACUCGCACCGAUGGCUGUUCAACGCCUUUGGUCGCAUCCUGAAUCCUGAGGUCGUGAUCCUCAUCGACGCCGGAACCAAGCCCAGUCCAAAAUCCCUACUCGCCUUGUGGGAGGGAUUUUAUAAUGAUAAAGACCUCGGUGGCGCUUGCGGCGAGAUUCACGCCAUGUUGGGCAGACGAGGCAAGAAGCUGCUCAAUCCGAUAGUAGCUAUUCAAAAUUUUGAGUACAAAAUCUCGAACGUCUUGGAUAAACCUCUGGAGAGUGCGUUUGGUUAUGUCACCGUGUUACCGGGCGCCUUUUCUGCUUACCGUUUUCGGGCUAUUAUGGGCCGGCCCCUGGAGCAGUAUUUUCAUGGCGAUCACACGCUGUCGAAGAUCUUGGGUAAGAAGGGCAUAGACAAUAUGAACAUUUUCAAGAAGAAUAUGUUUCUUGCCGAAGACCGAAUUCUGUGCUUUGAACUCGUCGCUAAGGCCGGCCAGAAGUGGCACUUAAGUUAUAUCAAAGCUGCCAAAGGAGAAACUGAUGUACCCGAAGGUCCCGCCGAGUUUCUAAGUCAGCGACGGCGUUGGCUAAACGGCUCCUUCGCGGCGACGCUGUAUUCUCUCAUACAUUUCAAUCGGCUCUACAGGUCCGGGCACAGCAUCAUCCGGAUGUUCUUCCUGCAUAUCCAGUUCCUGUAUAACAUCGCCCAGAUCUUAUUUAGCUGGUUUUCUCUCGCCUCCUACUGGCUCACUACCGUCAUCAUCAUGGAGCUUGUCGGCACUCCCGUUCCCGAGACGGGAUACCACGGCUGGCCGUUCGGCGACAUCGCCACGCCGAUCGUUAACGUGGUGCUCCGAUACCUCUACCUGGUUUUCAUCCUCAUCCAGUUCAUCCUCGCUCUAGGCAAUCGCCCCAAGGGUUCGAGGCACUCCUACAUCGCCUCGUAUGUCGUCUUCGGCGUGAUACAGACCUACAUUAUCGUCCUAUCCUUCUACCUGGUAUUCCGCGCCUUGCAAACGCCCCUCGGCGACCAGAUCGACACCUCCAGCGCCGGAGCAUUCUUCGAGAGCAUGUUCGGCGGCGGCAGCGUCGCAGGCGUUAUCUUGCUCGCCAUCGUCACCAUCUACGGUCUCAACUACGUGGCUUCGUUCAUCUACCUGGACCCUUGGCACAUGUUCCACUCUUUCCCUCAGUAUCUCGUGCUGGCGUCUACCUAUAUUAAUAUCGUUAUGGUGUACGCUUUCAAUAACUGGCAUGACGUUUCCUGGGGUACUAAGGGCUCCGACCAGACGGCAGCUCUACCGUCCGUGCACGUCAUCAAGGAUGAAAAGACCGACGCUCCCGUGAUCGAAGAGGUCGAGAGGGAGCAGGAAGACAUAGACAGCCUAUUCGCGAAGACCGUAUACAGAGCCCUUGCUCCAGUCGAGGAAGAGGAGGUUGUGGAAAAGAAGGACACGGAAGACUCGUACAAAUCCUUCAGGACCGGCCUAGUUAUCACGUGGAUAUUAUCGAAUUUGCUGCUCAUCGUCCUCGUUACAAGCGACGAGUUCGAGUCUUUGGGCGUAGGGAAAGCAUCACAGACCCGAACUCCCGGAUAUUUCCGGUUCCUCUUAUAUGCUACAGCUGUCCUCUCCAUCAUUCGCUUCAUCGGAUUCCUGUGGUUUAUAAGUAAGACGAGCAUCAUGAGUUGUUUCGCCAAGAAAUAAACUUGGUUCAGUAUCGGGCGUUUAGGAGGCUUGCAUACUUGAAGAUUUAGAAAAUGGCGUCCGACGAGAUAGCGUCCGACGAGAUACCGGAGCUUUGAUAUUUGGAUUCAUGAGUUUACCGAGACCAACAGCUGUCACCGACGCUCUUGACGACGAAGGCGAGAUUUUAGAAAAUAUGGAAAUCCGAUUUAAUAUCAGGCUAAGCCAUAUUUUAUUAGUAUAUUGCAUAAUGGAAUGGGGCGUGGACUGGGUCGGCGAUAUUGCACAAAAUUUUUGAAGAGGCAUUCACAGAAGUAGACUCGCCGCCGGUCGAUAAUAGUGAGUCUGUUUUGGGAUUCCCCGGAAUGCUAUCUACGGCAUUAGGAACCGACAAUAAGAGUAGCUAGUAUGCUCGAGGCGGCUAGGCUUCGGGACCUUUCUAUUAUAUUGAUACUAGCGAAUAAUAAUGAGCUAAUAUAUGGCAAAAUUUAAUUUCAUCAUAUUAUUAUACUGUGA